GAACCGGGGCGGGGCUGUGCGCGAUAUUCUGAGAGAAGGCGGCGGCAGGGUUCGGGCUGCGCGGGGACAGCGGGUUCGGGGCUGGGGUGGACGCCACGGGCCUGAGCAAGGCGGCCCGAAAACAAGUCCCGGCCAGUCUUCAGCUGCAGCAGCGGGCUGGGCCCAGGCCGGGGUGCAGGGCCCGGAGGACAGAGGCCGGGGCGCGCCAGAUGAAGGAUUUGGCUGUCCUUCUAUGAAGCAAUGCCUCGUGGUCUGAAGGCAAGCAUGUCUGGGCUACUGGCGUCUUAGGAGUCCAGGGCAAAGCUGUCACAGGGGAAUUGGGUGAGGCGUGACCCAGGACCAAGCUGCAUAUCCUCACCAAUGACAUCAUGACAGCAAGAGAGCACAGCCCUCGCCAUGGUGCCAGGGCCCGUGCGGUGCAGCGGGCUUCCACCAUCGACGUGGCGGCUGACAUGGUGGGCCUCUCUCUGGCAGGAAAUAUCCAAGACCCAGACGAACCCAUUUUAGAAUUCAGCUUAGCUUGCAGUGAGCUGCACACUCCAUCGCUAGAUCGAAAACCAAAUAGUUUUGUGGCUGUGAGUGUCACCACCCCUCCCCAGGCAUUCUGGACGAAGCACGCGCAGACGGAGAUCAUCGAGGGAACCAGCAAUCCCAUCUUUCUAAGCAGCAUCGCCUUCUUUCAAGACUCCCUUAUCAACCAGAUGACGCAGAUCAAGCUGUCUGUGUAUGACGUCAAAGACAGAUCUCAGGGAACAAUGUAUUUACUGGGCUCUGGAACAUUUGUUGUCAAAGACCUGCUCCAGGACAGGCAUCACAGACUGCAUCUCACGCUGAGGUCUGCGGAGAGUGACCGAGUGGGCAACAUAACUGUGAUUGGCUGGCAGAUGGAGGAGAAGUCAGACCAGAGGCCCCCCGUGACCCGGUCUCUGGACACCGUCAACGGACGGAUGGUUCUGCCUGUUGAUGAGAGCUUGACCGAGGCCCUGGGAAUCCGAUCCAAAUAUGCUUCUUUGCGAAAAGACACCUUACUGAAGUCGGUGUUCGGCGGCGCCAUCUGCCGCAUGUACCGGUUCCCCACCACUGACGGCAACCACCUACGGAUCCUGGAGCAGAUGGCAGAGAGCGCCCUCUCCCUGCAUGUGCCUCGGCAGUUUGUGAAGCUGCUGCUGGAGGAGGACGCGGCCAGAGUUUGUGAGCUGGAAGAGUUGGGGGAGCUGUCCCCCUGCUGGGAGAGCCUCCGGCGCCAGAUUGUCACCCAGUAUCAGACUAUCAUCCUCACCUACCAGGAGAACCUAACUGACCUCCAUCAGUACAAAGGUCCUUCAUUUAAAGCCAGCAGUUUGAAAGCAGAUAAAAAGUUAGAAUUUGUUCCCACAAACCUGCACAUACAAAGGAUGCGAGUUCAAGAUGACGGAGGCUCAGAUCAGAACUACGACAUCGUCACUAUUGGAGCCCCAGCAGCACACUGCCAAGGUUUUAAGUCAGGAGGGCUUCGAAAAAAGCUGCAUAAGUUUGAAGAGACCAAGAAACACAGUUUUGAGGAGUGUUGUGCUCCAUCUAGCUGCCAGUCCAUAAUCUACAUACCACAGGACAUCAUCCGAGCCAAGGAGAUCAUUGCCCAGAUCAACACCCUGAAAACCCAAGUUAGCUACUACGCAGAACGGCUCUCAAGGGCGGCGAAGGACAGGUCUGCCACUGGCCUUGAGAGGACGCUCGCCAUCUUGGCAGACAAGACCCGGCAGCUGGUCACUGUCUGUGACUGUAAGCUGCUGGCCAACUCCAUCCACGGGCUGAAUGCAGCACGGCCUGACUACAUCGCUUCCAAGGCCUCGCCUACCUCGACUGAGGAGGAACAGGUGAUGCUUCGGAAUGACCAGGACACCCUCAUGGCCAGGUGGGCAGGGCGGAGCAGCCGGUCUUCUCUGCAGGUGGACUGGCACGAGGAGGAGUGGGAGAAAGUGUGGCUGAAUGUGGACAAGAGCCUGGAGUGCAUCGUCCAGCGGGUGGACAAGCUGCUGCAGAAGGAGCGCCUGCAUGGGGAGGGCGGCGAGGACGUCUUCCCCUGCCCUAGCACCUGCUCCAGCAAGAAAGGUAACCGGGACAGCCAAGCCUACUGGAUCAGACCGGAGGACCCCCUCUGUGACGGCCCCUCCUCGGCAUGCCCCUCCUCCAUGCCCACUGCUGCAUGCCAUCCUCACCCAGGCACACAUUGCAGCUCCCCUCCCGAAGAGUCCAGUCCAGGUGAAUGGAGUGAGGCCCUUUACCCUCUGCUGACCACCCUCACAGACUGCGUGGCCAUGAUGAGUGACAAAGCCAAGAAGGCCAUGGUCUUCUUGCUCAUGCAGGACAGUGCGCCCACCAUUGCCUCAUACUUGAGCCUGCAGUAUCGCCGUGAUGUCGUGUUCUGCCAAACUCUCACAGCCCUCAUCUGCGGCUUUAUCAUCAAGCUGAGGAACUGCCUGCAUGAGGAUGGCUUCCUGCGGCAGCUCUAUACCAUCGGGCUGCUGGCCCAGUUUGAGAGCCUGCUGAGCACCUAUGGAGAGGAGCUGGCCAUGCUGGAGGACAUGAGCCUUGGAAUCAUGGACCUGAGGAACGUGACCUUCAAAGUCACCCAGGCUGCGUCGAAUGCGUCGGCGGACAUGCUGCCCGUCAUCACAGGAAACCGUGAUGGCUUUAACGUAAGGAUCCCUCUGCCAGGCCCACUGUUUGACUCGCUGCCCCGAGAGAUACAGAGCGGCAUGCUGCUGCGGGUACAGCCAGUGCUCUUCAAUGUGGGCAUCAACGAGCAGCAGACGCUGGCUGAGAGGUUCGGAGAUACAUCCUUACAAGAAGUUAUCAACAUCGAGAGUUUGGUGCGGUUAAAUUCCUACUUUGAGCAGUUUAAGGAAGUUUUGCCAGAGGACUGUCUCCCUCGAUCUCGGAGUCAGACCUGCCUGCCGGAGCUGCUGCGGUUUCUGGGGCAGAACGUCCAUGCACGCAAGAAUAAGAACGUGGACAUCCUCUGGCAAGCUGCCGAGGUCUGUCGCCGCCUCAAUGGGGUCCGAUUCACCAGCUGCAAGAGUGCCAAGGACCGCACAGCCAUGUCAGUGACCCUGGAGCAGUGCCUGAUCCUGCAGCACGAACACGGCAUGGCCCCCCAGGUCUUCACACAAGCCCUGGAGUGCAUGCGCAGAGUGAAAGCCAGAAUUCAGAUUGUCCUCUGUUGAUGGAUGCCUUGUUUCAAGCACUGCUGGGGAGCUCCCUACCUCGCAUACCAAAAGAAAGGAUAAGAAACCUGGUUCUCCUGUCUCCUUUGAUGUACUCACCAAUGCUGUUCAAGUCUCGCUUCCAACAGUCACUUCUACUGAGUGUUCUGCCUCAUUCGUCCUCUCACCAAGUUCUUUAAAGCGUUCAAUUCUCUUAUCCUUUCUGUAUGUUUCUGCCGUUUGACCUUCUCACAGUGCACAGAGGGACACCUGAGCUCAUGCCUCUUGAUAGUAGCAAAAAUGGCACCAUUCUGUUCCUGUUCUGUCUCCAAGUUCAUUUGAACCUCUCCGUUAAAGUUCAUCAGUCCAUGCCUCUGUCCCUAGUGAUGGAAAGGUGUCGGAGUCCUGGGGGCACAAAGCUCUGUGUCCAGAAUCUGCACAGAGCAGCCUUUCAGCCUCCUCAGCCAGUGUGGCGGCUGGUCUGUAUUAACCGUGUGCAGUUGAUCUAGUGACCCACAGAUGUCUGCUGCCGAGGGAGUGGGGAAGCCAGACAGGAGUCCCUCUGGUUGUACGGCAGAGGCUGGAACCAGUGUCCUUCAAAGGCACAGGCCUAGGGACCACGACCUCCGAUUGUGCUCUCCAGCUUUGUCCCAGUAAUGAUGCAGUAAAUUACGACCCAGUCAGUGGAUGAAUCUACUGAAGAUGCGGAGUCCUCAUAUCCCAGUUUCCUCUCAGUGGGGCCCACCAGCUGGGCCCAUAUCUCCCACACACAAGGUCCAGUCUGUGAGGAGCCACAACUCCCUUGGCCCAGCUUUACCUGUGCCUCAUUCUGGGCAAAUUUGAAAGUUUUCAGACCUUUUGGUUCUGCUUCUCAUUCUCAGUUCUUACCACUAAUCUGGCUAAAAGCAGCAAGCAGCACCCAUGCAACUUCUUACUUCGUGGGUUGCUCUGACAGCCUUCUGGCAGUUGCUUCUACCAUCCACGGACACAAGGACAAAUAGAGUGUGCAUGGCCUCCAGUCCGGCUUCCAGCUGAGUGUGUUCCCAUCUGAAAGAAACCUCACCGUUUUGACCGUCCAUUUCCCCAUUUUGUUUGGUAUUCUAGGCAUCUCAACCUCUGAAGUGCCCAUUACACUCUGCUUAUGGCAGAGUUCUAAGGGUUUUCUUUUCUUUUUUUUUUUUUUUUUUUUAGGCUGCUUCUCUGAGUCUAAUGAUCCAGUGUAGUAUCCCAUUUCUUCAGUACAAAUUUGAGUGCUGCUCGAUAGAUAGAAUACCCAAGAAAGGAGGAGGAGAGGAUUCUGCUCAGAGCCUAAGAGGUUUUUCAGCUUUCUUUCUUGACUCUGGUGAGGAAGUCUCCUAGCAGAAGGGCAUGGCAGAGCCCAGAUGCUCACCUCAUAGCGAGCAGGACACAGGGCGAGCAGGACACAUGCCUAGGCCCAGCUGCACCUGUGAAAGCCACAUGCCUUUGCACUUGCUCCAGUAAACUCCCAACCACACUCUGAAGAAACUCUAACUUAAGCAAGUGGGCCACACACGGAAUGAGGGCACGAAAGGAAGAAGGACCCUCGUUGAUAAGGGCUCCUAGGGAAGAAGAGGGCAGCUGGGGGUGAGCAUGGCCAACAUUCAUUAUACAGCUGUAGGAACCUGACAAAACCGGUGUCAGGGCUGUUGAGAUGGCUCAUGGCUAAAGGGGCUUGCCACCAAGCAUGAUGACCUGAGCUUGACCUCUGGGAUCUACGGGUGGACCAACCAGCCCCUGCCAGUCACAGUGCCCCACCCAGCCCUGCACACCACAGCACAUGAGUACACAACAAAUAGACAUAAUUUAAAAGAUUUUAAAGACACCCUACUGGCACUCACCCUCCAACCAGGCCCCAGCACUCACAUCUCCUCAUUAUCAGCUUAUUGAUGAAGCCAGAGCCCUGGCCAGCCGCUCCACUAAAGUCCCGUCUUGAGCAUGGCUUGCUCUGGGGCUCAGGCCUUCAACAUGUGAUUCUCUUGGAGAGUGGCAUGUCAGCUCGAGUGUAACAUCUCAUGUGACAGGCCAUUCUUUGGGCUGAAGGUCCGACAUCUCUCCAGCAGUUUGAAUACAGGGCAGUAAGCUGCGCUGGCUCAGGGUCUGGCAGCGUCAUUCCCCCUGCCCAUGUCAGCUCAGAGGCUAUUCAGUUAGGGUUGCCCUGUCCUACUGUUUUGGAAAUAAGGACCCCGAGAUUGUGAGCAAGGAGUGAUGUAAGAAAUGAGCAUAUUUCCUGCUCUCUCUCUGUGUCUCAUUCAACCAACUCCGUCUUUAACCACAGAGUUUUAUGGAAUCUAAAAUCCCUACAUGGACACACUUUAGUUUAAUGAUUUAUUUUUAGCAGCCAUUAAAUAUAAAACAAAGUGUCUGCCUGUCCCUCUGUGCUCAGCUCAGUAACAGUGUUCACCACUGCCCUCUGCUGACCCUAAGGUGCCUUUGUUUUCAGGUGACACAGUCACACCCAAAGGCUGUGUUUUCUGGAUUAGCACGCGUGGUGAAGACACAUUGUGCGGUCACAGUGGUGACCAGCACUACAGCGGAGAGCCCAGUGCCCCAGUGCACGCAGCGGGGGUCCCGGCGACAUCCAGGGCCGAGUGUGUUUGGUUCUCUUGCUUUCUCGAGUGUGUCUUACCAGAAGAGAGAGUAGACUGUGAGAUGGGAGCAGAGCUGACACUGUACUGACUCCUGGAGCCAUGCAUGUAUACACACAUGCACACAGGCACACAGGCACCUACCCCCACACCACACCACAGGCGCGUGUGCACGGAAGUAGUAACAGUAAUAAUUGCCGUGUAGCGGCUGCCCACAUGUGCACCAUGUAUUUUUGUACCUGGGCCCCUCUCAAGACCCCAGUGGAUAGGAAUAUGCAGUGGGGUCGAAUUUCACCUAAUCAGUUCCUGUAAGCCACAUGGGCAGAGCCAGCAUCCCCUGGCUCAGACAGAGGAUCAUGGCAGAGGUGGCCCUCUGCCCCCCCGUUAGGAACAAAGUCAUCAAACAAUAGGUCCCCCCCGGGCAGCCGCAGCGGCCCACCAGGCAGCCCCAGCUGCCACUGUGAUCAUCAGCCAGUGCUUGCCAGCUCGUACAGCUUCCCGUUAGAAAAGCAUAUCCCGGCAGGGCCCGUCCAGAGCUCUCGGCUUCCAUGGCCACGGAAGGCACCUCCAGCCCCUGCCUGCCAUGCCCCGAGAGGAGUCGGCCUUCAUGCUGCUGUUUGCUGGAGAGGGACAGUGGUCCGCAGUCGUGUGCUUCCGGAUGCCACCCAACCCCAGCAGUCUUUUACUUUUUUGGUAGUUGGGCUUGAGCUCAGGGCCUAGUGCCAGCCAGUUAGCAUAGUUUACCACUGAGCUACACUCAGCCCCCAGAACGUUUUAGAUGUUUCCAUUGUGGAUUCGGUUGACUCCAUUGUGAGGGGUGACCUUCUAGACCAGCAUCUCACAAAGCUGGAGGCGGGGUUGCUUUCCCCUCCGACACGCAGGCUGAGGCUCGAGGCAGGUGGGAGAGGACACUGCACUGGACUGACACCAGCCAAAUGACUUGAUUUGUGUGGCGAAUCCAUUGUACCUGCCCUCAGCAGGCACCGUGAGAAGGUCAAAGCCCAUGGUUCUUCAUGUUCAGCUUGCUUCUCAGAGAUGCUCAUCUGCAGCAUGGGGCGUGGCGGGCAGCAUGGAGCUAUGCUUGGCCAUCGAGAGAGGGUGAACAUGGAAAACCAUCCUUUCAGCCUACAUGUGUUAAUUUUGGUAGACUACAGAAUUUUUUUCUUAUUUUCACUUCUCUUUCUCUCCUUUUUUCCUGUAACUGUGCUGGUUUUGUUUGGUUUUCUGUUCACACCCUUUUCUACAUCUCAUUUUUCUUUCUGUGUGGCUCAUUCCACUUUUUUUUUUUUUUUAAUCUUAUCUUUUGGUUCUCCUUUCUCCCCAUACUUUUGCGUCAAACCCAUUGCAUGUGUCUGUCUUUUUUCUUUCUUUCUUUUUUCUUUUCUUUUUCCCUUUUCUUUUCCUUUCUCCCAACUUUCUCCU